UAGUGAUCUUUCCGCCAUUUUGGACUUCCUUUUCUCCCCCCUCCCCUUUUUCUUCACGGUACUCGAAAGAAGCAGUGAUUGAGCGGAGCGCUCUUCGUGCGCUUUCUUUCUCCUCCGUUCCGUCCGACUUGGCGAUCCGUAACGGUUAGAAAACCCCAAGCUAUGUCCGCCAACAGGAACCUGAAGCAAGUGAGGAUCGAGAACAGUUCUCCGGCGUCGGCACCUCCGAUGAGCAUGGUGGGCGGCGGCCCGAUGAAGGCGCUGAGGGGUUUGGAGAAGCCGUCCGACAACGAAGCUUUGGCCACCGCGUUGGCGAUGGCGAAGGAGGAAGAGGAAGGCAGCGGCCGAGGCUUCACGGUCGAUAUUAAGAGCUUCCUCAAGCCCGGCGAGAAGAGCUAUACGCAAAGGUGCCGCCUCUUCGUCGGCAACCUUCCCACCGACAUCACCGAGGAGGACUUCAAGCGCCUUUUCGAGCGCUACGGGGAGCCCAGCGAGGUCUUCAUUAACCGCGACCGCGGCUUCGGCUUCAUCCGCCUGGAGUCCAGGACCCUGGCGGAAAUAGCAAAGGCAGAACUUGAUGGAACAAUUUUAAAGAGCAGGCCACUCCGAAUUCGAUUUGCCACCCAUGGAGCUGCUUUAACAAUUAAGAAUCUUUCACCAGUUGUUUCCAAUGAGCUUUUGGAACAAGCUUUCUCUCAGUUUGGGCCUGUGGAAAGAGCGGUUGUUGUCGUAGAUGAUCGUGGUAGAGCAACAGGCAAAGGUUUUGUGGAAUUUGCUGCAAAGCCUCCAGCGCGUAAAGCUCUAGAAAGAUGUGGUGAUGGUGCAUUCUUGCUUACAACAACACCUAGACCUGUUCUUGUUGAACCUAUGGAACAAUUUGAUGACGAAGAUGGUUUGCCUGAGAAAUUAAUGCAAAAAACACAACAGUAUCAUAAGGAAAGAGAACAGCCCCCACGUUUUGCCCAACCUGGAACAUUUGAAUUUGAAUAUGCUUCACGAUGGAAAGCUCUUGAUGAAAUGGAAAAACAACAGCGGGAACAAGUUGAUAGAAAUAUUAGAGAAGCUAAGGAAAAGCUAGAAGCAGAAAUGGAAGCAGCUCGACAUGAGCAUCAGUUAAUGUUGAUGAGACAAGAUCUUAUGAGGCGUCAGGAAGAACUGAGACGUUUAGAAGAACUUCGAAACCAAGAGCUACAGAAAAGAAAGCAGAUACAAUUAAGGCAUGAAGAAGAGCAUAGGAGACGUGAAGAAGAAAUGCUGCGUCAGAGAGAACAGGAGGAACUGAGGAGACAGCAAGAAGGUUUCAAGUCGAAUUUCAUGGAUACUAGAGAACAGGAAAUGAGAAUGGGUGAUAUGGGUCCUCGUGGAGCAUUAAACAUGGGAGAUGCCUUUAGCCCAGCACCUGCUGGAAACCAAGGUCCUCCUCCUCCACCUCCAAUGAUGAGUAUGAAUAUGAACAACAGAGGGACAAUGCCUGGCUCAGCAAUGGGUCCAGGUCCUUCGUUGGGGCCAGAAGGAGCUACAAACAUUGGAACCCCAAUGAUGCCAGAUAAUGGAGCUGUGCAUUCUGAGAGAUUUCCUCAAGGAGGCCCACCACAAAUGGGUUCACCUAUGGUUAAUAGACCAGGCUCUGAAACUCCUCAACCAGCUAUGGGUGGUGUAGGUGCCGUCAAUAGUGGACCCAGUGGCUUUGGUAGAGGAAAUCCUGGGGGCAGCUUUGAAGGACCUAACAAGCGUCGCAGAUAUUGAAACAUUCACUUUUGUACUCUUGUGAAAUUGAAUGAAUGACUAUCUGGUGUUAUAACUCUAUAUAAUUUCAACUGUUACUUUUGAAUGGUUUUACUGUUAAUAUAGACAUUAACCUUUUUUUGUAAACUCUAUAGACUUUUUUUUAUAUUUAGUCAUAGACUUAGAUAGUGUAGAAAUAAUGCACUUCAUUUUGUACAUCAGUUGUUUGUGACUACCACAAAAUAUAAUGUGACCAUGCUGUGAGAUUUGUGAGUUACAUGCUUACAAUAAAAUAACAGUUUAAAUGAUUUUGAAACACUGCUAUGAAUACUAUCUUUAAAUUUAAUUGUAAGUAUCCAUAAUUAUUUUUCUUUGACAAUGCCUAUCUUUUGGGGGGGGAGGGGCGGUGUCUGCUUUAUCCAUUGUAAUUGUAUGACAAUAUAAAUGCAGCUUGCAAUACAUAGAAAAAGUUGAGGUUAAUGCAGCUUUAGAAAAUAUGAAACUGUUGGUAAGCCAAUAUAGAUUUGUGUUUUUUUAAUCAAAUGUUAUUUUUCAACAACAUGUAUAAAUCUCUUUGGAAUGGGAUUGUUAUGAUAAUGUAAUCCUGUGUUUAAGUUCAAAUAAACAUUUUGAGCCUUGAAAACCUA